GGCGGGAGAGCCUGCAGUUUCAGGAAAGGAUUAGGACUCUGCUUUGGAGGUUACGAUGGGGGAGAACUGGACUCCAGAGGUGAUUGGGCCCUCUCUCCCACUUGUGACUUGGGAGGGGAGGGCAGGGCCUUCCAGAGCCCGUGGCUUUGCGAGAGGGUCCCUUGCGGGGACCGCCAGGCUGCCCCAGGACCUGCAGUGGGCAGGCUGCUUCAUCAGGCUCCUCUGCUCUGUUCUGUCCCGGAUGCCCGGGUAGCCCCCUCCCGCCCCAUCUCGUGGUCCCACGGUGAAGGGAAGCCACCAGGUGCCUGCUCAGGGCCUGUGUGUCUGGAUAUCCAGGAUGCUGCCAAUUGCCUAACCCUCCCCCCAAGCUUAUGGAAGGAAUUCCUUCUCUAGGCCGUGGUGGAGAUGAGAGGUUGAAUGCUCUGGGCGGUAAGGGACUGGACCGUGCUUUCAGUGGGAGCGUGGAAUUAGGAUGUGUCACAUUGGAUAACUCGAAUGGGGAUGUUUUUCUCCAGCUGGAAUGUGAGGUGUUGCUUCGGAGGGAGACUGGGAGUUGAACAUUGUUGAGCCUGUGCUGUGAAAACCCUCGGGGAGGGCAGCCCCUUCAGGGCCACAGAUCACACAGGUCUGAUUUCCUCAGUGUGGAAGCCCUGCCCCCCUCCUGCCUGCAAGCCCAGCUCCUCCCCCUGGAGGCUGGGAAGCUGCCCCCUUCUCUCCUCUGUGUCCUGCCUCAGGGGCUAUGCUGGCCAAGGCUUUUGUAGCACCCUCCCCUCUGAGAAAGCCUCAGAGCCCCCGAGCCCCCAGCCUUCCCUCUCAACCUGUCCCCUCCCCUGGGCGAUAGUGGUCAGUUUUUACUGCAGAAAAAAACAAACACGAGCUGGUAGCUGAGACUGUUUCUUUCCACUCUUCAAAUCACUGCCACUUCGGUCAGGGACCAUAGCCAUGUCCCCUCUUGACCCGUCUGUGGGUGCGUGCCUCGAACACACCUGUACAAAAAUGCCACGUGCAAAUCUCUCGUCUUUGACCAUCCAGGCCUUGUGUAGGGAUUCCCACCUGGACCGGCGGGCUGACUGUGGCCGGGCGGCCACGCUCCCUUUGCAACAGUUGGGCCAUGAGUGGCUGUUAGCAGAUUUAAAGAUGCCUCGAGAGAGAGCUGAGCCAUUGCUAGGGUCCUGUGUUCAGGGGAAAUAAGACUUUAUCCGGGACAAUAAGCAACAGACCCAGACUGCAGUAUUCUUUGAGGAUUCGUUGGUAAGGAUGGGAUUACCCAAAAAACAGUUCUUCAAUCCCGACUUUGCUUUAUAAUUUAUAUAAAUGAAAGCGUAGCCCUUUUCUUAAACAGCUGGGUUUCUUCUAAACUAGAAAGUCCAAAUGAAAGGAAAUACUCAUAGCUUUAUGGUAGCCUUCCUUGGCGUACCAGGGUGUGGGCAGAAAUAGGAUGGGUGUGAGUGUGUGCGCGUGCAUGUGUACAUCCAGGCUUGUCUACCCGUGUGCAGGAAGGUGAGUACGUAUGCGUGGGCUGGUGUGAAGUGACCGGAGAGAAGAGAAUGUGAAUCUUCAGGGCAUUUGAACGACAGCAGAGUCCUGUUGUUUUCCUUACGUGUAUUUAGUUGGAGAGGGGUGGUCCUGUUUAUUUUGCUGCCUUUUCUUAUUAGCCAUUGGAUGGAAGUAGAUCCAGAUACACAAGGAAGAACCAGGAAGGUGAGAGCCCCAUACUCAGGGAGGGGUGUCAGGAAUCUGGCGUGGCAGGGCCUAGCCGGCUUCCCCGACCCUCACCUGGGUGGAGGCCUCUCAGAGCAGUAGAAUCAUGAAUGUUCGGGGGCGGGAGGCCUGGCUUCUCGAGGCCCGCUGCAUGUAAGCAGGAGCUGAGGGUGAGGCUGGGGCGGGUGGAUUGGCUUUUGUGGAAUGUGGCAGGAGAGGGGGGGGCUGGGAUGGGGAAGGGUGAGGAGUGGGUGGGGAAUAGUUUCUAGAGGGUCUAGAAAAGCUUGCAGAGGGAGAGAAGAAAAGGAAUUUAGGAAGAGAUUACAGAACUUGAAGAGACUAGUACCACUGACUCCGGACCCACCCAGGACCCUUGCUCUCGGAUGCUCCGCGGUGGUUUCCAGCUGCCUCGGCCCCAGCCUCCCCCCAGAGGGGGCCUUCCCUGGAGCGCUGGUUCGAGUGUCGGCAUCGUCCCCGGUGUGACCCAAAGCAGGGCACGCUGGGGUGUGGAGAUGGGAGACAGGAUGGAUCUAGGGGCCAUGAUGGGUCACCAGCCACUGGGCAGGAAAGAGAACAUCGCAGACCUGAUGUCCCAGCGAUGUCACCCUCCUCCCCCCUCCUUGCUUCUUGCUCUGCUCACUCCGCUCCUGCCCUCUUCCUUUUUCAUCCUUCUGCUCUGCCCUGUAUAGGGGACAAGUGGACACCAGGGGGCACCUCCCUUAUUGGUGCCUGCCUCAGCCUCCCCCCAGGUGCCGGCAGACUCCUAGGCACAUGAGGCUGUCCCAGGUGCAGAGCCAGCAAGGAAUUUCUCUGCACACAACAGACUGCAUAUUGGGAUGAAAACGAUAUUCCUUAUAUCCCUGCUUAUAUCAACGCUUUCUGUGAAGCCCCUUCGUAGCUUCCCUUCUCCCCAUGGCUCCUGUUCAGGACUUGUGUUCCUUUGAUUUCCUCUUUGCCUGACCGCCUCUUCUCACCCCACUGACCCUGAGCCCUCUGUCUACUUCCUGAAACUGUUGUGUCAUUAACUCUGUUGGUUCGACUCUCUGGGACAAGAUUCUGUUCAUGUAAAGUGCACUUACUCCCUGGAUGUCGUCACUCGUCUAGUGGCUUUUGCUAAAUAAACCUUUCUUAUUUCUCAAAGCUUUUCCAUGGUCUUUUCUUGCUUCUUCUAUUCCACCUGCUCCCUGACCUGCCCUCACUUCCACCCCAGUUCCCAAGCCAGCGGCCAUCAGCUCUGCGAAGCACAGUUCUCAAGGGUCGUGGUGUUCAGAAAACAGAGGAGACGGAGGUGGUGGUUCACUUGGGUUCGUCUAGACCAGCCUUGCUGAUCAGGCGGUCCUGCCGGGCUUCUCCUCGGGGGACGGUGUUGCUUCCCCAGGGGACGUUCGGCAGUGCCUGGAGACACUUGGUUUGUCCCAACUGGGGGAAGGACGCUUUUGAUAUUUAGAGGGUAGAAGCCAGGGAUCUUGCUAAACACCCUACAAUGCACAGGAGACCCCCCGACACACACACUAGAGAAUUGUCCAGCCCCAAAUGUCAGUAGUCCUGAGGUUGAGAGGCCCUGGGCUUAUGCCCAUGAUUCCAGACUUUCCCAAGCCCAGGUCUUUUCACACUGCAGACAUCACUGGCGUGUAAGCACAUUUUAAGCACUUGAAAAAGUACGACAUCAGAUGUUUCCAGCUAUAACUAAAAUCAUUAGAUCAUAAAAUUUCACUGUCUCCCUGACUAAAUGUCCGAAAUAUGCAAUGGAUAGGAUUCCAACAGGCCCAUUCCUGAAAUGUCCAACCCAGAGUCAAAAUGGGCUCAUCCCCACACCUGCCCGCACGCAUUAUGGUGCCCUUGCCGCUUGGCUCAGCAGAAGUCGCCGGCUCGCGGGCACUUGGCUUUCCUGCCAGGAGGAGACACAAAAGGGAGGAGGAAGGCUAGCAAGGGAAGAGCGUCAGAGAAAUAGAAGCUGCAGGAUCUUGAAAAGCUGACACCAUGGAAACCAGAUUACUUUGGCCAUAACUUUCAGCCCUCUCGAAGGCAGAGGGCUUGCUGGGCCUGGUGCUUUGCCGGGCCCAGCCAGCUCUGCAGGAAGGUUGAGGGGUCUGAUCCACCAGCUUCACAUGCCCUUCUGCCUUUUCUGAGUGAUGGAACUGAGCCUCACUUUCUCAUCUGUAAAAUGGGGAUAAAAUAGACCACAUAAAGCGAUAAGAGUAAAUGAGCUUGCGUUUCACAAGCACCCAGCAGAGCAUCUGGCAGGGGCUCAGGGCACCAUAGAGCUUAACUUCCAGUUAUUGGGGGAGGGGGGUUGUGCCCGCGUGGUCAGUGCAUUUGUGGGCUGGGUGCGUUUUCUGUGUGCUGAAACUUUCCUCAGAACUCUGCACCGAGGAAGUCCCUGGGGGUCCCAGUGAUGCUAUUAAAUGUGUGAAAGGCAGAGAAGAAAGUGCCCGUCCUCACAUGAAACUCGGGCUCCUGCCAGGCAGCAGUCGGCACGUGCUGUGGCCCUUCUGCUCAGACCCUGGCUGUAGGAUGGCUUUCUGUCUUUUUUUAACAUGUUCUGUGCCUGUGACACAGACGCUCUGGAGGAGGGAGUAUGGGGUGGGUGGAGGGCAUGAGGCCAGACAAGAGCCGAUUUCUCCUGAUUCUCCCACAGACUGAGGUAAGGCCACGAGGCACCACGUGAGCCCCUCUUUAUACUCUCCUCAGUGGCCCCACUGAGGGGACGCACAUGCCCAGUGAUGCAUGGAAGGGGAGUUCUUCAAGGGCCCAGGUGGCUUUUCCAUUUUGGGAAACAGGAAAUCAGAGUGAGGACGGGUCUGCUCCCUGCCCUGGGGGGUCCAGGGAGUGAUGUCAGGGCUGCCUGGAGAGAUCACCCACCCCAAAAUGGACAGCCUGGGACCCUGGAGCCCACAGUUCAAGUACACUCUUGGGCUCUGGCUGGGUUGGUAGAGGGUGGGGGGAGAGAGGGUGGGGAAUGUUCUCAUGGCAGGAACGUGGCAGGAUGUGAGCCCAGAACCACCACAAAUGCUGUUUUAGCAGGACAGGGAUAAGCAGAGUUGGCUCUGCUAAACCAGAAAGCAGAAAGCAGAGGCCCUACUGUAUGGCCACCAGAAGGGCAAGGGGAAAGCUUCCAUCCCAACCCAUUGGCCAACAUGUGGGGAGGCAGAGGUGAAGGGAGGGGUGGUGCUGGGGCCCCUGAAAGGAGAUCCCCCUCUGCGGUGAGGGCACCCCCUGGGGCAUUAGGGAGACGAAAUGAGAAGUAAAUAAGGCCUAAAAUGAAGACCAUUAAGCAUUUAGCUUUUUUUUUUUUUUUAACCACAUAAUAGGUAAAACAGAUGUCCUCCCUGCAUCCCUGAUGUCCAGCCAUGUUUCUGGGUAGGAGUUGGUAGUGAGGCUUGCUCAGAAAUGGGAGAAUGUCCGGGCUGCCUGCUGGCACAUUAUUUGGUCGUGGGAAGCGGAGUUUUCACGUGUGUACCUGCCUACUUUGACAUGACUCAACACAGCUGGGUAGAGAUGCCCCUGGGUCACAGGCAGGUCUGUCGUGUGUCAGCAAGCGUGCCCCUUCCAAGUGAAGGAUUGUGGUGCACACGGUGGGCGUGGGCCCUGCCCUGUACGCCUUUCUGCCUUAUGCAGGAGGGCAUGUGGUCCUCCCCGUUCCACCCCGUGAGAGAUCUGACACCCGAGCAGCUUUCAGACGGCGCAGAGGUGCUGCUGGGGGAAGCUUCCCUGUGCCCGCAGGAAAGGGCGUCCGCUCUCCUCCCCUUGGGCGAGCUCUCCCUCGGGGUGUGGCAGGGACUGAUCACAGGGGGACCAACGGGAAGCCAGCGUCGUAGAGCAGCGUUCUCAUGCUUGAGCUGCCCCCCAAUCACCUGGAAGCCUGCUGAGAGCACAGACUGCCUGGCUACCCCCAAGAGUUUCUGAUUCAGUGAAUCUGAGAGGGGUCUGAGAUUUCAUUUCUAGCAAAUUCCCAGGGGACGCUGACACUGCUGAUCUGGGUACCUCACUUUGAAAAGCCCCACUAUAGAGGCUAUUCUCAAACUUGACAAGGAGAGGGGAGGGGAAGGUGGGAGGGAGAGGGAGGAGGGCCUGGGGUUGCUAGGCAGCCAUUUGCCCAAGGGGCAUGGGAUGGGGGCCGGGGACGGGAAGGACCGCAGGUGGGUCAGGGUGACCUCGGACAGAAGGCUGUGACUAACUUCGGUUUAUUGACAUCUCUCUGGAGACACAAAUAGGCUUCAUCCCCUUUUCACCUAGGGGUCCACGAACAGGACAGCUGCCACCCUCCAGCUGGGCUAUUUGAAGGCCUGGCCGCUGCCCGAGGAGAGCCUGUCUCCCGGCUGGGCCUUCUGCUCCUUGCCCCAGAGGGUUUUGAGCUUGCGGUAGUACACCUUGCAGCUGAAGCCCUCCCUGAACCCCCCCUUGAUGUGGCUCUUGAGGGAGCACAGAGUGGGGUACAUGCGGCAGCAGGCCGCGCACUUGUAGCCGCUCUGCUGGGCCGGGUGCCACCUGGAGGCCGUGAGGAUGUCCUGGGACGUGAUGUAAUCCGUGGAGUCCAGGCCGUGCCUGGAUUUAUUGGUGGCCUCUUGGGGGCAGGUGUUCUCUGGGGAGGAAGAGGACGAGCAGAUGCUGUCAGCCAAGUCCUCGGGAAGGCAGCUGUCCCCCCUGCCCUCGUCCCGCUGCCCCUCUGGGAAGCUGUAGGCCUCCAGGUGGCUGUCCUGGUCCGUGCAGACGAAGUAGCUGUAAGGGGAGAACCAGGGCCGGUAGAUGGUGCAGUUGCGUCUUAGCUGCUUCCCGUUCUGGGCGUCCCCCAAAACGCAGUCUGCGGAGGAAAGGGUGGAGUCUGAGCGUGAGGCCCUGGGGUGGCCGGGGGCCACAGAAGAAGCAGAAAGGCAAAGAGGUCAGGAGUCGGGCGUGGCCUCUGGGUCCCCCCUCUGACUGCAGUUCUGAGAGCAGGCAGGAGUUGGGGUGGCGAGAGCCGUCUGAGGCAUGCCUUCCUGUUGCUCCCACGAAUGGCAGUUUGGUCUCCGGGGGUGGGGGUAGAGACUCCACUUGCAUUCACUAAGCCCCGGCAUCUGCCAGGUGCUUCUCUCCCUGCAGACACCUUGCCUCCGCCUCAACUCAGGGUAGGCAGGUGGCUCAGUGAACAGCCAGCCCUCCGGCUUCCCAGUGCCCCGUUUCCACCACCAAUGGUCGUGGCCACUUUUCCAGCUUCACGGUCUGUCUGCCUGCAACAGCAUACUCCGGACGGAAGCUGCUGUUUCACCCCAGCUUGGGAGACAGGCCUGUGGGGGUCUGCUGAAGGAAGGAGGCACCUUCCUGUAGGGGAGAAGCCCUUGCCCCUCCAGCUUCCCACAGGUGCCCGCCCAAGGCCGAGAAGGCCUCACCUGGAGAGAACACCGUGUUCUGCACGCCGUGCCGGAACGCGCUGCUGUGGUACUGGGCUGGCAGGCCCUGUGCUGGGCUGGACACCUCGUGGACCACGGCAUGUUUGAGAACUUGAACGCGGCCCACGCUCUGAAGCUGCAACCCAGCUGCUCCUUCCCCCACUUGUCCAGGCUGGCGGCCCCUGGCUCUGCCACUCUGGGGUCGGUGGAGCCUGGUGGGCCGGGACUCUGGGUGGGCAGCAGCCAGCACCUCAAGAACCUAGGCAGAGCCGUGGGGGCCAAAGUGAACGACUUCCUGCGGAGAAAAGAGCCCUCGAGCCUGGACAGUGCGGGCGCCAUGGAGAUCAACAGGACCGCGGGGGCCCGGCUGGCUGGCGGGGUUGCUGGCGAGGAGGAGAAAUCCGCGCAGCAAGAAGUGUUCCCUCGGCUGGAUCCUCCGCCUCCCGUCACCAGGAAGCGAACCCCUCGGGCCCUGAAGACCACGCAGGACAUGCUGAUUUCAUCCCAGCCCGUCCUGAGCAGCCUGGAGUAUGGGACAGAGCUGUCUCCUGGGCAGCCCCCGGACACCCUUGCCACUGCCCAGCCGGAGGCCCCCAUGGAAAUGGCGGAUGGGGGCGAGGCUCUGCCCAAUGGAGAGGUUUCCCUGUCCGUGCCUGACCUGAUUCACCAGGACGGCCAGGACGAACCCAAGCUGAAGAUGACUGAGUGCCGAAGGGCCUCCUCCCCUGGCCUCCUCGAGAGGAAUGGCCUCAAACUCAGCCUGAGCCCCAUCCGCCUGGACGAGCCGCUGGAGGACAGCGGCCCCCCUCCUCAGGCGCGGACCUCCAGCCUUGACAAUGAGGGCCCACACCCAGACCUGCUCUCCUUUGAGUAGGGCCUCUUCUCCCUGCCAAGCCUCCCUUUCCCUUCUGCCGUCUCCUUCCCUGGUACCCUUUGCCCCCCAGCUCUGCGUGCAGAGCUCAGCAGAGAGCCAGUCCCCCCAUGUGGGCUGUGGAGGGCCAGGAGUCCCUCAGUCGUUCUCGUUAAAGGCUCAUUUUCUGUAAGCUCCUCUGGGUGUCGGCCACAGCCCCAGGAUGUUGGAGCACCUCUACUCCCAAGCUGCCCUGACUUCCCACUGGACCCCAGGGCCACCGGCCUGGGAUGAAGGGUCUUGCCUGCCUCCUGUGCGCUGCCUUUGCCCCCGCCCCUCUCCCUCUGUGCCCUGACUCGUUUCUCCUGCCUCAGGUGGGGGAAUCUGGCUGAUGGGGAAUGAUGGGUUUGGCUGAUGAUGGGCCCAGUCCUGGAAAGCCGCAUACCCUGAGUGCCGCCCAGCCACUGUUCCUUUCGGUCCCAAGACCGUGGAGGCCCCAGGUGGUUGCCUGCCUCUGCCCUUUGGGUGUGGGCCGGAGGAAACACCAGGCCUGAGACCUGGAGGCAGCCUGGUCACGGGGGGUUCUCCGGCUGUUUCCCAUCUGGCCAGUUGGGGAACGCACCAAGCCCCCGGGGCAGGGCACAGAGCCCACCACUGAGGUGGCACUGGGGGAAGGGGGUACUUGUGGGCUCCCUGCGCAGAAGGGGAGGCCAGGGCACCCCUUGCCGUGUGAGGACAGGGUUGGGCACGCCCCAGCAGAGGCAGCGGAGCCGAUUACCAUCUUGCUUUGGGGGUGGGCCCAGGAACUUGGCGUCUAGGCAGCUGGCCUUGAGAGAACCUGGAGCAGAAGUCGUGGAGAAGACAGGAUGAGGACAGAGCAGCCAUUGGGGGGUCAGAGCGCUUUUCGGGGACAACCCCACGGCCUGAAACGAGGCAGAUGUAGGGUCCGGGUGUGGUAAGUGCCAGAGCUGGGGUGCCGGACGUGAGACGGAUGUGGCAGGGGCUGUGGGGCGAGCUACCUCUCACUAGGCAGGAGGUGCCUUGUUCUUGUGCUGAAAUUGCCUGGGUCUCCCUCGAGGGGCCUCUGUCCUGCCUUCUCCUUGCCCGGAUGCCACAUAGUCCUCUGUGCAUCCCGGCCUUCGGGAUCCAUGUCUGGGACCAACCCGGUUCAUCCAACCCUAACUGGUUCCUGCCCUCCUGGGUUAACCCACUUUUAUGUUCCUCUCUCCCACCAGGGAUCCUGUCAUGCUGUCUUCCUGUGGCCAGGAGACCCUGUCGGGGGGUGAACCCAACCCUGGGGGCCUUUGCAGCAAGAAGAGAACCUCCCUUUUGUUGAACAGGGUGGCUGGCUCCCUGGGAGAAGGCUGGCGUGGCACAUCUAGCUGUGGCAGGCCGGUGGGCAGUCUUCCUCCUGAGACUUCUGCUGCUGCCCCUUUUCUGUCCAUUUGGCUCCCCCUGCCCUCCCCCCGGCACUGCUCACUUCCCACUUUACCCUAUCACCCAGUUUCUGCUCCCUCGCCCCCACCUCUGCCGUGUGAAACAUCCAACCAACUUCUCUGGACCCGGGAGCCUGAUUGGGGGGGGGGGCUGGCCAGGGUGCCGGCUGCCCUUCCCAUGGCCUUGCUUCUGCAGCCCUGUAACCUUGGCACAGCCUUCCCACCCCAUCUCGCGCCCCGUCUUCCAUUGUUUCAGAAAGCCAGGCUGCACGGCACGCUCACAGCAAAGCCUCGCUCCCUCACCGCCCCCCCCGUCAAGGGGCUGCACAGGCCGGGUACCCUGCAGGCUAGGGCGCAGUGGGCAGAGCGCCUACCAAAGGUCUAGAUCCUGCCGUCUUCCUCCAAGAACAUCAGGACGGUGUGACCUCUGACCCCGAGACUCAGAAGUUCUUGGGACUAGCAUUUGGAAGCCUGUGAGUCCUCCCAGACCGGCUAGGAGUUUUGCACCCAAUACAGAGCUGGGGGUGGGGGUGUGUGCUGGGAGCUUCCACGCCAGAAGCUCCAUCUGUGUCUCUGGCGGGAAACUUAGCAGAGCCGUGCCCCCUGGGGCUCCUGCCCCAGAGAUCAGGGUGGCCCUGGCUGGGUGAUGUGGUGGCCAGUUGUGCAAAGAGCUGGCGGGCCCCGGCUGGCUUAAGCACCCUGCUCUCCAUGCCACCCCCUGCUGAGGUCCUGGCCCUCAGCCUCAGGGUCAGCCCAGGGAUCCCAGGUCGUCCCAGGACCAUCACCAGGAUGACGCUGGAGAUCCUCAGUCUCGUGUCUGAUGCCAAACGAGGGCCGGCGGGACCCUGCUCCAACCUUUGGCCUAUGAUCUCCACCCCAGCCAUUGUCCUCUCGCAGGGGUGAAGCUGCCACCUGGGGGAGGGGGGCCGGAGCCUGAAGUCCCAUCCUGGAUUCCGUGACACUGCUUGGUGCUGGGGGCUGAGUGCUGCCCCUAGGCGGCAGCAGUGACAGCUUCUAGUCCUGCUGAAGGCCUGGGCUCUGACCAGCUUCCUGUGUCUGUUGCGACAGCCUGACCUUCCUGUGAUCACAGCCUGGCAGCCAACCCCCCUGCCCAUGCACCCCCCCCCAUGUCCAGCUUCUCUGGGAGCUCUGCCCUUGGUGGCCCAGUUGAUACAGGAUAAUGAGAAGCAAAGGACCCACCUUCUGGGUCUGCAUAAGGAAGUUGGGGGCACAGAGUCUCUUCCCUGUUACCCCCUCAACCCCACUGUAUUCCCCUGGUCAGCACGUAGACUUCCCCUGAUAAAUCACAGGUGAGCUUCCAGAAGCUGCAGGAGGGUGGUGUGUUCCCCUGCACAGAGGGAAAUGUAUCUGUGUGAUGUACGUGGAUGGUAUGAAGACAAAUAGACUUUGAGAGAACAAAGAGGUUGGCCCCGGUCUGAGGCAGGACGAUUACAGAUCUAUUCCGAGUAUUUUCUAGAGAUUCUAUAUUUAUAUUUUUAGUAGUGUUCUGGUAGAAGGGAACUGCAGAAUAAAACGAUCUGGUUUGGUUUUGCCAGUUUGGUUUUGGUUUCUCCGGACUGAUGGGAAGUGGUUGGUUUUCUCAAGGCUGGCUUAUUGGGUGGAGAGCACUGGCAUUUUGGGUUAGGAGUCUGGACUGGCAAGACAGAGGUCGAAAUGUGAGGCAGGUGGGCACUGCCUGCUGACCCCCCACCUGAGGCCCUUGGGGGAAGUGAUCUCAGGUUGGCCCCCCAUUUGUCCCUCUAACUGGACGGUUGCAUAGGGUCCCCCUUCCAACCUGACCAUCAUGUGGCUGUUUCCGGGGUGACAUGACAGAUGUGGGUAAGCCCCUCCUCAGGAGGAAAUGCAAGUUGGACCCCUGGAUUGUCCUCUAGGUGGUGACUUACCUGGGGUACGGCCCUCUUCCACAGGGGAGGGGACGGGGCUGUGCCUGUGCGCACAGACCUUCGGAGGGACCAGAGCUGCUGGUGGAAGUACUUCCCUGCCCUAGGGCCACCUCGAAGCUCACUUUUGGAGAGACUGGAGACUUGGAGCACGUCUAGCCCGAAGCCUUGUGACCCCCCAGGCGAGUGUCGAACCCAGGGACCCAGAGGACUCUCACAGCUGAGAAUUGGCCAGGCCUCUAACCAUCUCAAAAGGGAGGAAGUGGAGAAGAGAUGAGGGGGGGGGGCAGAAAAAGAGGCCUUCAGUCUGUUCAUAGAAACCAUGCACAUUUUUAAAGGGGGACGGAUGGGGCCUUUCUGCCCAGCUCUGUCCUUUACCAGGGUGGGGGGGCGGAAUUCUACAGUCCAGCACGUGGGGUCCCAGGCUGCACAUCCGAAAUGCCUCGGGCAGGAGGCUCCAGCCUUUUCCGCGUCGAACCCCACUCUUAGUUUCUCAGAGCAUGUGCAAGAAGACAAUGGUGCUCGAAGGUGGCCGGCUUGCUCCGCAGUGGGGGACAGCGCGUUGUUCUGGGAAAGCAGGAGAAACACGGACACCAAUCCAACACAUUCCAUGCACCGGGAGAAAGCAUUGAGAUUACUUACAGUACAACCUUCUCUGUAAGGCUAAGCCCCAGCGACUUUCUUCAGGUAACUUUUCCCGUUGGGUGGCUCCUGGAUGGGCUCCUGCAAGCAUUUGGGUGUGAGAUGUGCCUUCUACAUGCCUUUCUUUUCCACUGUGAUGCAAAGCAGUUAUUUUGGGUGAAGAUCAAAUAUGGAAAAUUGUAGCAUAAAAAAAUUUUUUUUUUGAGGAAACUUGUAAGUGUAAAAACGGAUGUGCAUAUGUCACUCUUAAUGCUGUUCUCUGGUCUAGAAAUCGAGGCACAAAAAUGCACUUAUUCAGAGGACGUAUCCGAGCCCCGCCAGGAGCCAAGUGCUGUCUGGUGCAGUAACCUGGUGGGAAAGGGGCACCUUGUUCUCUCUCUCCAUGUCUGCAAGGGGGUGAGGACGCCGUGGAACCUGCCCUGUGACGAAUGGGCUAUGUUAGCAGAAUAUCAAAAUACAGUGGAAGUGCCAAAGCAGGGGGCCCGAUGAAUUUCAACUGGUAGUGUUUUUCCUCAGAGCGUCAUCUGAGUAACUGCUGAAGAAAACCAACAAAGCAGAGGUCGUCAAGAAACCCACUUCGUUCCUGAAGUCCGUGCAUGGGCUGCUGGGAACCCCAGUUGGUCUUCAGAAUUAAUGGAGUUUGCUAGUGCAGGAUGGCACCUCGGGCGCUGCUCUCAACUCCGAGAGUGCCUUCUGGUUCAAUUUGCUCUCAGGCUUUGGAAUUCCUUUCAGGUCAGCGAAUCCAGGGAGUGUUCUAGAACUCUCUGUGCUUUGACUCGGCGUCCGGUCCACCCCCGUCUCUCCCACCAGCUCUGCAGUCCAGCUGGCAGCUGCAGAUGUCUCGGCAACGGUUUAUCUUUGAGAUUUGGGCCCUCAGGGUCCCCUGGGCUUCACUCUGCAAGCAGCAUGUGGGGUGCCCCAUGCGGAGCCCCCGCUGCGGCUCCCCUGGGAGCGGGAACAAGUAACUAAAUCUGCACAAAAAACUUCAGCCCCCGUAGAU